CCUUUUUCUAACCAGUCCACAGAGCGCCAGAGCCCCGAGUUAUUCUCCUCCCUCCAUCACGCUAAUUCUCCCUCCCUUUCUCUCUCGCCAAACACAUUUUCUAGCAUUCUGUAGAGCUCACUCAUGGAGCCUUUUCAUAUUUUUUUUUUGUCUCGUUGCUGAAAAACGAACUCCGAUUCUAGUUCUCUCGCCAUUUCCGAUCCUUUGAUCGGUCAGUAGAGUCGUAAACCAGCGAUUUCCUGGUGUAGAGGUUUCGAAGAGCUAGGGUUAGUUAGCUACAUUUUGUAUUGGAGGUCUUAGAUCGUUCAGCGCCGGGAUUUUGAUUCUCAGUAGACUUCACAGCGACGAAGUCGUCUCUCUCUCGCUGGUACUGUUUUGGAGCAUUCAAGAAAAUGAGCGCCGGAGCUCCGUCUGAAGGCUUGCUGGUGGAAUCAAGAGCAGACGAUGGCGUCCCUGCGUCAUCGUUCCGCAGGGGCUCGAAGUUUGCGUACUCAACGGAUUUUCUCUUGUCCAUGGCUGUUUUGGAUAUAUGCCAGAGGUUGCCUUGCAACUUCGAUUGCGAUGUAUUGCGUGAGCUUGACGAUCGCCCUAAAGUUCGGUGGCAGCCGAAGACUGGUUCUGGUACGAUCCACGGCGUAGCUUUUCAUUUGACUUAAUCUCUCCUCUUGUUCGGAUCUUUGAGGUUUUAGUUAUGUGAAGGCUCUAGCUAGUAGUAUCGUGAAUAAUCUUCCUGACAAUGUAAGUUUAGGGAAGAAUACUUUUGAAAGUGGGAUUCUAGGGAAGAACAAUCCUGAAAGUGGGGUUCUAGGGAAGAACAAUCCUGAAAGUGGAAUUUUAGGGAAGAAUCAUCAUGACGGUGUAAUUUUGGGGAAGAAUACUUCUGAAAGUGGAACUCUAGGGAAGAACAAUCCUGAAAGUGGAAUUUUAGGGAAGGGUGCUCUCCUGCCAGCACCUGAACCUAUGGCUGUUGAUUCUGCUCCAAAGAUUCACGAGGUUAGCACCUGUCAUCUGCUAACCCGAAGUGCCACACCAUAUCGGCCUCCGCAUCUGUACAGGAUGGAUCUCCAUUCUGGAACAGAGAAAGUGGAUAUUGGCAGCGAGAAAACAUUUGAUUCCUUGAGACUGCGGAGGACUGAAGUGGAAAAACAGAGAGAAACAUCUGAAUCAUUAUGGAGUGAUCUUCAAGUAACUCAGGAGACUCAGAAGAACAUUUCAGAUGAUCAGAAAGAAAACCAGGACCCAAGUAAUGCCACAGACCCGGCAGAUUCCCAGAAGUCUGGAGUUGAAGGAAGUUGGACAUCCGAGAAACUGGAGAGUAAGACCGGCCAGACCACCAUGUCCUGUCCUUACUUCCUAUCUUGGGUUAAGCCAAGUGGCAAUAGCAUGUCCAAAACCGACGGCAAACAUGGAACAGUAGAAUCCCCUAUGGAUCAUGCCACGAAGCUGAAUGAGCAACCAUUGACAAGUAUUCAUUCAGAAAGUAACAAAGCUACAAGCCAGUCCCACCCAUCUACUUCUCCUUCAGCCACCAAGGAAAUCUUUCACCAACAACUGCACGAAUGGGUCAACAAAGCAACUACUUGUCCAAACCCUUCUGGUCAAACCACUGAACCUACGCAAGACAAUCCAGAGAUCGAUGAUGCCGAGUAUCAGGACCUCGUUGCUUUACUAGAGGAAGAAACCACUUGCCAGUCUACCGAGCUCCGGCGUAGCCAGGACCUCUCGAUGCUGGGCUUCUCCGAGUUCGACCUUGGAGGACAGAGACCAAUUCUGGCCUCUGGUGAUAACGACAUUGUUCUUCCAGCCGAAGUCGAUGCUUCAAGCUGCAGUGGAAAGGUCCUGAAGGGCGACGACGAGCAUGCGGCUGAAGUCCGAACUGAACAGGAAGCUUCACUAGACUUAGCUGCAGCUGACUUCCAUGAGAAGCCUCAUACAAGUGAUGAAAUCUGCUGGCCGGAGGAAGACAGUUUGAUUACCGUCGACGACUUCGUCGUAUGUCCAGUGGAUGAAACCUCCCGCGGCGAACCGAGUAAGAAGCAGUCCUCCUGCCCACAGUCGCUUGGCUCCCGGAGGAAACCAGAGAAAAAGAUGAAGACCAAAAAAUGUGUAUAUGUUACACAGCCUAUGGGACCAAUGAUAUGUUCUCCUCAUCCUCCACCUCCUCCUGGUAUGGUGCCAUGGCUCCCUGUCCUUCCUCCUCUGCAUCCUAUGCAUCAGAUGGCGCUCUAUCCUGCUGGCAUGUGUUCCCCCUUUGGUAAUCAGGUCCACAUCUAUACGAACCUAUUGGCCAGUCCAGAUCAGAACUUGGGGUGGCCUUGGUUCGGCAACGCUUAGAUCUGAUUGGGAAGGUGAGCAACAGGUUUAGUGUUUAGAUACCGCCUUCUAGACCUAAUUGCAAUCACGAUUUGCUUCUAGAUCACUUCUGAUUAGAGGUAGUCUUUGAACUAGAUUCCAAAUGGUGAUUAGUAGCAACAAAAUUAGCGUCGGAUUAGAAAUUCCCAACUCUGGAAAGAAACAAAGGAAGCAUGUGAAGCGGGGAUAGUAGCCUAUGGUAGUGAUGUUCAAAGGAGCACAGACCUUUGAAACAGUAUACUUUUAACAUCUCCAGUGGGGCUGAGUCGAAUUUGUUCAUUUUUCUUCUUUCGUGGUAUCUGGUCGACCCGGCUUAGGAAAAUUGAAAACACAAAUCAUAUUUGCAAAUUGUUCCUAGAACCUGUACCAAAUCAGUUAUGUUUCCAAUGCGAAAACACAAUUCAGCUGCGCGAAUAUGCAUGCGGUUCAGCAUGGUU